GAAAAAAUAUAGAAAAUCAAAUAGCUAGAGAACGUGGGAGAGAUUACAAAUCAAUAUGUAAAGAGCACUCAAAAUCUCUCAUACGACUCAAAACUACUUAGAAAUUAUCUCUCUAUCUCUCUCUCUUGCUCGCUCUUUUUCUUGGCAUCUCUAUGGAUUCGGAGGUGGAGGAGAAUGUCAUAUCGGUCAUCACUGACACAACCUUUCUCAUCUCCACAAAUUUAAAGGUGGAUCCGAGGGUAAUAUCACUCUUUUCUCAACUAUUCUAUGAUUGGCGCUCUGUUUAUAUGGAAAUAAAGUCCCUUUACCCGAAGAUGGAGUUCCAUUUACUCCUUCGUCAAAUACUCAAGUUCUGGACCUCUACGGACAUGGGUAGACAGUGGAAGUUUGUAUCCCUCAUUUGUAAAAUAAUGUUUCUGGUUAGCUCUAUGGAUUUGGAUUCGGAGUCAGAGCUCACAUCUCUCAUCAAGAAAAUAAUUUCUCUCUUCAACUCUAAACCCGAUACGGGUUCAGAGCUCGUUUCCCUCAUUACACAGUUGAUGCGUAUCGAUACCUCUGUGGAUUCGGAUUCAGAGCCAACACAAGAAUCUGAGCUUCUAUCACUCAUUAGCCAACUAGUCUCUGCCAAGCCGGAGCCGGAGCUCACAUCACUCACCAGGCGGAUCAUCUCUACCUUCAUAUCUAUGAAUUGGGAGCCUAUGCAGUUUAUUUCCGUAUGCCCUCAAGUUAUGGUGGAACUUGUACAUGGAAAACUGACGACAGAAGUUGUCCGGCCGAGAAAGGCUAAAGAGCGGGAAUGUGAGUUGUAUGCUUACGAAAUUUGGAAAUCUACAAGACAAAUCCAUUUUCACUGUAUACUAUGCAAUGGCGAGAACCAUGAAGAGUAUGACAAGGUUCCUAUAGAGGUCAAACACCCUCUUCACCCAAGACAUUCUCUUCAGCUUGCCGUUAGACAAUGGUCGGAGGAGGAAACGAUGAUUGAAUGUUAUUGUUGUGAUGAAUAUCUCAUGGAUUAUUAUUACUAUUGCUCCUCUUGCGAUUUUGCUAUGAAUGUAAGCUGUUUGGAGAAACCACCACCAGUCUUAUCUAUAGACCAUCCCAAGUGGCAUCAGCAUCCCCUUAUUUUGUUUCCAAGUCAGGCUUCCUUUCCUUGUAACCUUUGUGCCCUCACACAUUCAAGUUGUCCUUUCUAUAUUUGUCCCCCCUGUGACUUCGUGGUCCAUCAAAAGUGUCUCAGCUUACCACAUGUCAUAAGGAUAUCCCGCCACCAUCAUCGUAUCUCCUUCACUCCUUCAUUUGAGAAAGGAAAUUGGUAUUGUGGUAUUUGUCGCAAAAAGAUGGAUAAUGAUUACGGUGGUUAUACUUGCCUCAAGGACGGUUGUUCGUAUGUGGCACAUUCAAGAUGUGCAACACAAAAGAAUGUGUGGGAUGGUCUAGACCUUGAGGGAGAGCCAGAAGAAGUUGAAGAAGAAGAAGUUGAGCCAUUUGUGAUAAUAAGUGACGGAACAAUACACCAUUUUAGUCAUCCACAUCAUUUGAGAAUGGAUAAGAAUACCGGCAGAGACUACGACGAGAAUAAGCAGUGUCAAGCAUGCAUCACACCAAUCUAUUUUGGUAACAUCUACUCUUGUAUGCAAUGCAACUUCAUUCUCCAUGAAGAAUGUGCGAAUUUUUCUCGCAAAAUACAUAACCCGAUACAUCCACAUAAGCUCAAUCUAGUGGGAGGAUACGACGGUGUUACCAAGUAUUAUAAGGAUUUCUGUUCAGUGUGUCCUAGGAUGUGCACCAAUGGUUUCUUCUAUGAGUGCGGUAAAGAAGAAUGUGAUCGUUUUAAGCUACAUGUGCAGUGUGCCACAAUUUCUGAGCCAUUAGUCCAUGAAAGUCAUGUGCAUCCUUUAUUCUUAACAUCCAAACCAAGAGAACGAAGAAGAUGUGGGGUUUGCAAAAAAAAGCCACUUAGCCACACGGAAACAUUCAAUUGUAUUGAAGGUGAGUGUACCUUUGCUUUGUGUUUUGGAUGUGCUACUUUACCUCACGAGGUGAGGUAUAAGCAUGAUAAGCACAUGCUCACUCUUUCUUAUGGGGAGGAGACAAGUACCAUGAUGUAUUGGUGUGAAGCCUGCGAGAAAGAGAUAAAUUCAGAAGAACGGUUUUAUAAGUGUGAUGAAUAUUGUUGUGUCACCCUGCACAUUCAAUGUUUGAUUGGGAAAGAAUUAUACUUGAAGCCCGGUUCAUCGUUUGAGUACGACCACAGGCAUGCAGAUGUUCUUUUAAAAACUCAGGUUAUGUCUCGACCUAUUUGCUUCCAAUGUAAGAGUCGUUGUCCACAUAACACAGUUAUCCAGUGGUCUGAGUUAGUAUAUUGCACCAUUCAUUGUUUUUUGUUUGGUCGACUAAGAUGGGACGAAGAAGAAAGAAGAAGAAAGCAAGCUGAAAUUGACAAUAAAGAUGUUUGAAUGAAAUCCCAAUUUAGGAGACUAUAGUUUUGAGUAGAGUUAUCAAAGAGACUCUGAUGUUCAUUGUAAGUUUUGAAUCUUGGAAAUUUCUCUGAUUUGAAAAGCUUGUUAAUGUGUGAUUGUGAACAUUGUCUUGUUUAAUUGAAUCUUUGAUUUGUGAAGGAGACCGCUAGACGAACUAGAACGGUACAUUGGUAGGAAACCAUUAUAAUACCACUCUUGU